GUUUCCAUGGGAACCUCGACCCCAAGUAAUCGGGACAGUUCUUCUCUGAGGGGUUAGUUAGAAUAUUGCUCCCUCAGAUAAAAGGAAGGCAGGACCGGAUUUGCCGACAAUUACGGGGACAAAGUGGGGGAACUUCACCUGCCUCCAGGGACCAACACUGCCAAAUUCUCCGGGGUGUCCUGGAGUACGCGCGCUCCCGGGGCCUCGGCGUCCUGAGGAGUUCGGCGAGACCAGAGUUUGGCUCUCUGGCCUGCAAGGUGCUCUCACCUUGAGCCAAUUUCUAAAUCUUGUCACCCUCCAGCGCAGGGCCUACGCAACACACACAGAUAUGGGAUGAUUCAGACCUUCAGGAGACUAUGAGUGCUCCCCUUUUUGGAAACAUAAACCCAGGAGAGACCUUACCCGAAAGAUCGCCCUGGUUUGUACCUGGAAGCCUGCGGUUGCUCUGCGUCUGCUUCAUCUCCGCUGGCUGCAGAUAACCGCUUGCACGGUGUGUGGGAUUCCUUCACGGCUCACUGUCAGAUGAAGUCUGUGCUGGGAAAGGCUGUCCAUUCGCUAUCCCGAAUCGGGGACGAGCUCUAUCUGGAACCCUUGAAGGACGGGCUCUCCCUACGGACUGUGAACUCUUCCCGUUCUGCCUAUGCCUGCUUCCUCUUUGCCCCCCUCUUCUUCCAGCAAUACCAGGAAGCUUCCCCUGGUCAGGAUCUGCUGCGCUGUAAGAUCCUGAUGAAGCUUUGUUGGGCCAGUGAUGGACCAGGGCCUACAUGGGAUGUAGAGCUGGUCCAUGGAAGCAGAGUGCCAGGCCGAUGUCCUACCCUGCCCAGUCCUUCCUGUCCGUCUUCCGCUCUCUGGCAACGGUGGAGAAGACUGUGGAGAAGUGCUGCAUCUCCCUCAGUGGCAGCAACAGCCACCUGGUGGUCCAGCUUCACUGCAAAUAUGGACUGUGAAUCCCUGCAGGCUGUCUUCGACCCAGCCUCAUGCCCCCACUUACUCCGCACCCCAGCACGGGUUCUGGCAGAGGCGGUUCUGUCCUUUCCCCUUGCGUUGACUGAGGUGACCCUGGGCAUUGGCCGUGGCCGACGCGUCAUCCUGCGCAGCUACCAGGAAGAGGAGGCAGAUAGCACCAGCAAGGCCAUGGUGACUGAGACGAGCAUUGGGGAGGAGGACUUCCAGCAGCUGCAUGCCCCAGAAGGGAGAGCUGUCACCUUCUGUCUCAAGGAAUUUCGGGGGCUCCUGAGCUUUGCAGAGUCUGCAAAUUUGCCUCUUACUAUCCACUUUGAUGUUCCAGGCAGGCCAGUCAUCUUUACCGUUGAGGACUCUUUGCUAGAUGCCCACUUUGUCUUGGCCACACUUUUAGAGCAAGACUCAUGUUCCCAGGACCUGUGUUCCCCAAAGCCCCAUCAGCCAGUGCCUCAGAAGCAGCCACACAGCACACCCCACUCAGAUGACUUUACCAAUGAUGACAUCGACUGUUACAUGAUUGCCAUGGAAACCACCGUGGGCAACGAGAGCUCCCGGGCACAGCCUUCCACUUCCCUCCCACCUGUUCCCCAGGCCUCCCAUGACCUUGCCCCUCCCUCAGAGGAGGAAGAGGAGGAAGCUGAGCCUAGUACAGUGCCUGGGACUCCCCCACCCAAGAAGUUUCGUUCACUUUUCUUUGGCUCCAUCCUGGCCCCUAUACAUUCCCCCCAGGGUCCCAACCCUGUGCUGGCUGAAGACAGUGAUGGUGAAGGCUGAACUUGAGAAACUGAAGUCUGUGUCCAAAGGCUCACGGACCAGAAGCAGGCCCAGCCACAGGCAGAGUUGGGCAUUAGUCUCUGGACAUGAGAAAAGGACAUGAGAAAAGGUCUAUGCCUUGGGUAGGCCCCACUUGGCUGUCUGCUUCAGAGCUACCUAGGCAACCAUGUUUGGUCUGUUUACUCAGCCUAUACUCUGGUGCCCGGCUAUCACCUGACAGAUUCUUCACCUCUUACUUUGAGGCUCUACAGUAUCUGGUCAGAGCCAGAAACUUAAGCUUCCUUAGGCUCACCUGCCUCUAAAAAAGAUCAAUGUUGAACACACGCUCUCUGCCAAUCAUGAACUCCCAUCAGACCCUUCUGUGGUCCUAACACUUGGGCCUUGGCUUAGAAUCCCAAUUGCCUCUAGACCUGACUAGCCCUGGCUGGGCCCAUGUCCAGCCACUGUCUGCCCUCCCCGGUGGCUUUGUACCAAAGGACUGCUGGCCCACUAUCUGGGAUGAGGGAGACAGAGGCCAUGGCGAGAAUCCAGCUUUGACCUUUAUUCAAGAGACCAGAUGGGUUGCCCCAGGAUCUGGCUGCCAGCCAUGCAAGGCUGGAGACCCACAAUCUGGUCUGCCAUUGCCCUGAGCUGCAGCCUUGGCCCCAGGAUUCCACUUGCAGCCACCACAGGUGCUGGUGGGAGGGAGCCCUGGGGAAUUAGAUGCUGCUAUUGAUUCUUUAAAAAAUAAAGGAAAGACACUUAA